AUGAGCGACCUCGAUAAAGCGAUCGCCCAGCUGCGGGCUUGCCGACCGAUACCCGAGGCCCAGGUCAGAGAGGUCUGCCACAAAGCGCGAGAGCUGCUCAUCGAGGAGGGAAACGUCGUCACAGUCACCGCCCCAGUGACAAUAUGUGGCGACAUUCACGGCCAGUUCCAUGACCUGAUGGAGCUGUUCCGGGUGGGAGGCGAUCCGCCAGACACGAACUACCUCUUCAUGGGCGACUUCGUCGACCGUGGUUUCUACUCUUUAGAGUCCUUCCUCCUCCUCCUGUGCCUCAAGGUCCGCUACCCCGAUCGCAUGACCCUCAUUCGGGGCAACCACGAAUCCCGCCAAAUAACUACAGUUUACGGCUUCUACGACGAAUGUCUGCGCAAGUAUGGCAGCGCUAAUGUAUGGCGGUACUGCUGUGACAUAUUCGACUACCUGGCGCUGGGAGCCAUCGUGCUCGGUGCUGCCAACAGCUUCCCCCAGCCGACCGAUUCGACGCGAAGCGAGGAGUACUACGACCCGGAUAUAGAGAUCGAAGUCUGCGAUGCAGAUGGGAACGUCAUGAGUCGCUUUCGGCGUGACAAUGGCACCAGUGGUGACAGCGAGCAGAAGAGUCCCAAUGGUACCGCCGCGAAGACGGGACCACCCGGGUCCGGCGCAUCAGGCUCGAGCGGAGGAACAGUCGGCAACCCCACAGGCGCGGUGCUGUGCGUGCACGGCGGCCUCUCGCCGCUCAUCGACACGGUCGAUAAGAUCCGCCUGCUGGACCGCAAGCAAGAGGUGCCGCACGAGGGCGCUAUGUGCGACCUGCUGUGGUCGGACCCAGACGACAUCGACGGCUGGGGUCUCUCGCCGCGCGGCGCGGGCUUCCUGUUUGGAGCUGAUAUCGUCAAGGUCUUCAACCACCGGAACGACCUGUCGCUGAUCGCGCGCGCGCACCAGCUCGUCAUGGAGGGCUUCAAGGAGAUGUUCGACGCGAGCAUCGUCACCGUGUGGUCCGCCCCCAACUACUGCUACCGCUGCGGCAACGUCGCCGCCGUGCUCGAGCUCUCGGAGGACGCCGGCGGCGAGGGCAUCUUCGCGCGCAGCAACGGUGAGGUCGGCCGCAGCGACGGCGGGCCCGGCGCCAGGGGCGUCCUGAUGGAUGCUGAGAACGGUGCCCUGGUGAAGGGCGGCCCUGCGAGGCGGUACCGCGUCUUCCAGGCCGCGCCGCAGGAUUCCAGGGGAAUGCCGGCCAAGAAGCCCGUUGCGGACUACUUCUUGUAA